AGGAUGAUAUCGGAUAUGCUCUUAAUUGACAGAUAGUCAGAGACACAAGGGUGCGCGCAGACACACAAAACAUCCAUGGCAAUGGCGGUAUUAAUCAAACGACAUCGUUCCUUCCUCGCUCCCCUCCUCCCCAUGACCGCCAUUCGCCGCCGGUCCUCCGCCCCUCAAGAUCCCCAACCCCUACCACCACUAAACCCUAACCCUAAAACGCGAACCCCCCUUGAAAAACAAUUCGAAACGUGGCUCGACAAGCUCAAACCAGGCUUCACUCCACUCGAUGUCCAACAAGCCCUAAAAGCCCAAUCAGACCCUGAUCUAGCCUUUGACAUCUUCCGCUGGACGGCCCAGCAACGCCGGUACAAGCACAGCGCUGAUACUUACCUCACCAUGCUUCACAUUUCUGUUUCCGCUAGGCGGUAUCGACAAGCGGAGACUUUAGUUGAGGAAGUUAUUGCUGGUGCUUGUCCUGCUAGUGUUGAACUUUAUAAUUCUGUUAUUAAGUUUUGUUGUGGCCGUAAAUUUCUGUUUAAUCGUGCUUUUGAUGUUUAUAGAAAAAUGUGGAGAUCCGAUGAUGCUAAGCCGUCCUUGGAGACGUAUACCAUGUUGUUGAAUUCAUUGUUGAGGAAGUUUAAUAGGCUUAAUGUUUCUUAUGGUUAUUUGCAUACUGUUAGGUCAAUAAAUAAGCAAAUGAAGGCGUUGGGGAUUAUUCCUGAUACUUUUGUGCUGAAUAUGAUUAUUAAGGCUUAUGCUAAGUGUUUACAAGUUGAUGAGGCGAUUAGGGUGUUUCGUGAAAUGGGAUUGUAUGGGUGUGACCCCAAUUUGUAUACUUAUAGUUAUUUGAUUAAGGGGUUGUGUGAGAAGGGCAGAGUUAAUCAGGGACUCGAGUUUUUUGGGGAAAUGAGGGAGAAAGGGUUGGUGCCGAAAGGGAGUAGCUAUAUGAUUUUGAUUUGCAGUUUGGCAAUGGAACAGAGGUUUGAUGUUGCUAUUGAUGUUGUGUUUGAUAUGUUGAGUAAUUCUCUGCCGCCUGAUUUCUUGACAUAUAAAACUCUUUUGGAAGGGUUAUGUAGGGAGGGAAGGGGUGAAGAAGCUUUUCAAUUUCUUGAUGACUUUAGGAAGAGGGAUCAUACGAUGAAAGAGAAUACAUACAAAAUGCUGUUAAACGGAUUGCAUUUUGUAAGUCGAGAAUAGAGUUUUAUGGAUUUUGUCCUUCUCUUGUAUUCGAUCAUAGGCAUUUUGCCUCCCUGCAUAAAUAUAAUGGACUGCAGGUUUUUUUUAUUUGUUUUUGUAAUUACUGAUCACUUGCCUAAAGAAGUUCAGUAAAACAUCAUUUCCCUGUGAUAAAAUUUGACACACAACCUCGUGCCAAACACACAAUAGUUUGGAGAUGGACACACCUGACGAACAAUCCAUAUGUUCGUGAGCAUCACUGGUGUAUCUCACAUAUCUCCCUUCAAAAGCUCAUGGAACAUUCGGGAAAUCUUAAUGGAGCUGUUAAUGCACAUUUUAGCAAAGGGGGUAGAAAUAUGUGAGUUCAUAUCCUAGGCGAGCUUUUGAGCUUUUGGUGAUGAAGCGAGAGAUUUGACUUUUAAUGAACUUGGUCUGACCAGCAGGGAAGAAGCCUUGUUUCUCGAGUUGAUUACGGUAAAAUUAUUUGGAUCUCACCGGGUUACACAAGCACACUCCAUGUGGUAAAGGUUUCCUAGAGUUAGCUCUGGGCCUCUGGUGAAUAAGUUGUUAUUUAAGUGAAACUGAUGGCUAGUUAAUUAGUUAUUCAUCAAGGCAGUAAUGCUAAUAGAGUAUGAUUUAUGGAGAUUAUUACAUUGGAUGUGACGGAAAGUAAAGCAAUACACAGGGAGUUUGUUAUUCAUCA